AUGCGAUCAACUUUGACUGUCGCCGCCGCCAGCGUGGCCGCUGCGCAGACUGUGCCAACGGUCCACAUUCCACUGAACCUCCAGUUCGGCGGCAACCACAAGGUCUCGACUAAUGUGUUCAUCCCAUCGGCCAACCAGACCAUCGAGGUAGUCUAUGACCAGGGCAGCGAGAACUUCUUCCUCUUCGGGCCUGACUCGAUCGACAACUGGGGCAACUCUGGCCUCGGAGCUCGAGGACCUUGCAACGCAAGCGUGCCGGCCGGGUCUUAUUUCAACUACCCGGGCUCGCAAACCGCCACUGCACCCGUGAACCAUAGCGUCUCAUACGUCUACGGCGGUGCCGACAAGAUCUACACCGGCGAGGUCACGGUGAACGACACGUUCGGUUUCGCCAACGACGCCGAGACUACGCCGGUCGAGGUCGACGACGUGCGCGUCCAGCUCGUGGACUUCUUGAUCCAGCGCAUCAACGACCCGAGCUGCAGUGGCACGCCCCUCUAUGAUCUGGGCAUCCUGGGAGUUUCCCCUUACUACAACAACGCCUCGAGCCGCGUCACGUCUGGACCCCACGUCCGACAGGACCUCCUGGAGCGGGGCGUCAUCGACGCGCCCGUCCAGAGUAUGUGGUUCGACGAGGCCCCCGAGGAUGUGUACGGCACGUACACGGGCGGCGGUCUCUUCGGCGGCGUCGAUACCUCCAAGUUCGCCGGAGACCUGAUCAAGGUCAAGACCCUGCAGCCCAGCGGAUACGUUGGGUACUUCACCGCGGUACCCACCAUCAGCAUCAACGGCGUGACUUUCACGGCGCCUGAUUACCAGGAUUACUGCCAACUGGACUCGGGCACGCACGACGACACGAUUCCCAUAUCGUAUACCGAGAACGAGCAGUUCUACAACGCCAGCGGCAUCAUCGAGACUCCCAAGGGCUACAUCGGCUGGCCGGGCGAGUGCGACACCAUCCCCACCAACGCCACAAUCGACUAUAUCUUCCCCGGCGCGACAGAGGGCGAAUCCGCCACGAUCAAGGUCCCGAUCAGGUCGUAUGUCCGCGUUGAUUAUAGCACCCUCGACCCUGGCUACUGCAUCCUCAGCGUGAGCACCAGCGGGUGUCUCCUCGGCGCGCCGUUCGCGAGUGCUUCCUUCUUCGCUGCUGAUGACGAGACGGGCCAGAUCGCCUUGGCCAAGGGAGGUGUUUCCAAGCGGGGUGCUGGGGUUGACGAAGCGUCCGUGGUUGCGAGAAUACCCUAA